CACACUUAAAAAUGUUGAAUACAAAACUUAAAAGUACUAUAAACGAACGUUUUUUCUACAACAGUAACCAGUGUAGUACAAACAUCAAAUUCCAUUCCCGCCAUAUACCUCAUUAGAAUUCCAGCUAAAUCUGAAUUCCGGAAGCUUGUCAAUAGUCCCAAGGGAAUUCAAAGUCCCAGAGAAGCUGAAUAUCUUCGUUCUUUGUAUAUUUUCUGAUUGGUUCGUUCCAUUUGAUGCCUGAGUUUGCAGCAUUCCAGAAUUUCGCUCCACGUUGUCAGAUUUUAACGUCGAAGUGUGACCGUAUUUUCCCACGCCGUCGGUCUAAUGUUGUUUCCCGAGACUAAUCUAGUACUCUCGUUGUGGUUUGUCGAUUUCGUCCCGUUCAUGUUCCUAUUCUCUACGAGCUAAUAGGUCUUAUCUGUCUCACAUCUCGCUUUGUUUUAUAAAUUGUUUAUGUCCCAACAACAUGUAUUUUUACUUGAAGACGAACUGAGCCUGCUGUGGCCUGUGAUUAUCAGCAAGCGGCCAUUCGCACCCCCGCAUGCGUUUGACAAUCACCAAAAUAAAAAUAUAGUAAAAAUUGUUAAAAGUAUUAAGUUUUGACGCUCAUAUGCGAUGGAUUUAUUUGCUGAUCUUCCGCCCCCAGGUAAAAAAAUUACUUCUUUUUGUACCACAGAUGCUUUCAGACAGGGGGAAAGAGACUAAAUAAUUGUAUUUUACAAUGAUCACAUCGAGUAUCGAGGCAAAUCUCUGAAUCUGCCUGAACCGGGCUAUGAACCGGCGAACCGCGUUACCAUUCAGUAAACAUGCGUUUAAUACUCGGAGAAAAUCUUAACAUUAACAAAAAAACAAAGUUAUGAAAAAUUCACUGAAAAAUGAGCUUUAAAAUCAGCAAUCAAGCUAAUUUGAUUGACUUAAUUUUCAAGUGUAUCACCGUCAGAUGACCUCAGAUCUGGUCAGAACUUUGACUUUGUAAUACAUACCGUAUAGUAUGCGUUCAAUGAACGACUGGAAACACUAAAGUCUAAAACAGAGUCAACAGACUCUCAGAAUCGAAUCUAGUUAGGUUCUUACUUUUCUAGAUUCUGGAAAAUCCUCCUCAAAAAAUGAUAGUGGACUUUUUGGUGAUCUCCCAGAGCCAAGUGGCCCAAAAGGAGAGAAACGAAAGCAGGAUAUUAACGAUGAUACAGCUCCCCACUCAAAGCGCAGAUUGCAAAAUGAUCAUGGUAAUCAUGGAUGGUCCAUUUGGGGGGAAAUCAAGAUGUUCUUUUAAGCAAAUGCAAUGAUUGAAGGGUUGUUGGUGGUGAUGAUGAUGAUGGUGAUGAUGGUAGUGAUGAUGAUAAUGAUGGUAUUGUUUAUAAUCAUAGCAGUGAUUAUGGUAAUUGAGAUGAUGGUGAUUAUGAGGUGGUGGUGAUGAUGACAAUGAUGGUGAUGAUGGUGAUUAUGGAAUUAUGGUGGUGGUGAUGAUUGUAUUAAUUACGGAUGCUGAUGAUAAUUAUUUUGACCUACAACGAAUACCAAUAUUUCAUCAUUCAUUCCUCCAAACAACGCUCUUGUUUCUUGUGUUGUAGUAAAAUUUCUGCUGAAAGGAUUUGUAACGGAACGAAUGGGCGAACGGGAAGAUAUGCAGGAUGCACACGUCAUAAUGGACGACUUUAAAUCCGAAUUUGAUGACGUUGAAAUUCCACACGACGUGUAAGGAGCGCAUUUCUACUGUGAUUUUUUUUCCAAUUCUGUUUCACUGAACAUGUUUAAGAAGGCUCUUCAAGCCAGUCCACUAACGUUGACGUGUUUUUAAUCUUUCUGCGGUUCACAUGUGCAAGUUUUAGGCAGACAUACACCACAUGUGUGAAGACAUAUAUUACUAUUUUAAAUAAUUACCAAGGCUUAUGAUUCCAAACAAACUAACAACAGACUAACAAACUCACUCAGCGAAUGUAAAGCGAUGCCAACUUUGCUUGGGCACCGUAAUCCAUGGUUUCCUCUGCAUGCAUCAAGCUUUGCACAAAGUAGAACUAGAAGUGGGUCCUUUUGGAAACCAUUAUUGUUUACGUUUCGCAAUGUUUAAUAUUGCUCACUUACUCUCAAUGAAUGGCUUCUGAUUGGCAGUUGCCAAGCAAUUGGACGUCGAACUUUGGCGCUCGCGGUCAUUGUGCGGGUUUGUUUCCAAAUUCUUUGUAAAUUAUAUGAAAUUUAUUGGUCAGUUGUGCCUUUAUCCCUCAACUAUCCCUUACUGUAACUAUGAAAUCAACUAUCCCUGACUAUCCCUCAUGUGUUUCAAGAGUUGCCUGCGGAGGAGGCUAGUGCCACCAUAAGAUUUUGGUUACUGUUUAUAGAUUCGGCAAAUAGAAAGUUGGAUGUUGCAUGCAGCCAUGGGAACUGCAGACAGCCCUAACAUCGGCUUACCACAAUGAAUAAAUAAAUUACAACCAAAGCCAAAGGCCAUGCGCAGUUCAAAAUUCUUGAUUCUUUCUGCUAUGUUAUAAUAUACAGUAAUUAUCUAUACCUACAGUAUAUAUUACACCUCAUGGGUAUUAUACCUCAUACUAUACCUACACUGCAGUAUUAUAUUUUAUUUUCAGCUCAAGACUGGCUUACUACGCCAUAUUUGAUGGUCAUGCGGGAGCAGAGGCCGCAAAAUUUGCCGCGAAGAAUUUGCACAAGAAUAUCGUGAGAAAGUUUCCAAAAGGUUGAGAGGAUCGGGGAAUAGCAAAAAGACAAAAACAUUUUUCAUCCACAAGGUCCUGUGGAGGCCUUUAUUUUUCAAUAAGAGAGAAAUUAGUUAGAAAUUAGUUUUUCACGAAACAAAACAACUCUUUAUAAUUCAGAAUAUUUAAUCUCAGGCACCAAAGUCAGACGCUUUCUCUGUCACAUGAAUGAGAGAUGAAUGUUCUCUUGUUUAACAGGUGAAGUUGUAAAUAAAGAUAAAGAAAUAAAAAGAUGUUUAGUUGAUGCAUAUCGUAAGACAGAUGAAGAGUUUUUGCAAGAAGCUACUAAACAGUACGUUAUAUUGUACAAGUUUUAAAUUGUAAAUAUAUCUAUCAAAAUAUACGCAAUCCACCACGCAAAAAAUCAAACUGUGACAACAAAUUUGUGGCCUUUCUGCUUUAUUGUUCUGUGAUAUUCUGAUUCUAGUAACCCUACUCUAAAAGAUGGCUCUACAGCUGUGUCAAUUUUGGUCAUCAAUGAUGUAUUGUACGUUGCAAACCUCGGUGAUAGCAAGGUAUGAAAUUAAAUUGAAUCUUGUGGCAAGCAUCGUAUAACAAUAUAAUUGCAAGAACAAACUUCUUAUUCCAGUUCCUUUUUCAGUACGAGGAACGACUUCGCAUUCAAAAAUCAGGAGGAAAUGUCCAGUCAGUACAUCCCAAAAGAUCUUCUUUGUGGAACAUUUAAUAAUUGUCUCGCCACUAGAGAGCUUUCUUGGUAACAAAGAUUUCCACUAUCUUUAUACUGUAUAUAUACCUUUUAGAGAUGGACGAGUGCUUGGUAUUCUUGAAGUUUCGCGUUCAUUUGGUGACGGACGUUUUAAAGGUUGCGGUGUUAUAGCUACCCCAGAUGUCCUGAGAUGCUCUCUCACCGACAAAGACAAGUACUUUAAUAUCAAUUCAGGCAUAUUUGUCUUCACUCGCUUAUCCCAAAAUGCAUCAUUGAAAUAAUUGUUGUUUUUCUCGUUUUUAUAGAUUUCUUUUGCUCGCAUGUGAUGGUUUGUGGAAGGGAUUUGAAGUAGACGAAGCUCUAAAGUAUAUCAACGACAUUCUUGAGGUUUGAAUAAAUAUUCGUAUCACUCCUGUUUACGAAAGAUCAAUUUUAUUAUUAAAUUAUUUUACUUGGUUUUAUAUAGGAAGAGAAACCAGAAAGGGGAAAAGGUAUGGCUCGUUACAGUGUAUACCAAUUAUUUACCAAUCAGUAUAAUAACACAUGUAUACAUAAGUUAGACAGAUUUAUUCGAUUUAUAGACAUAAUAAAUAUAUAUAAUUUAAAAUAUGGUAUAUUUCUUUCUUUUAGAUUCUGAGGACGUGACGGAGACGUCUGUGUAUGAGACAGCAUGUAGUCGAGUGGCGGGCGAUGCGAUCAGAAAAGGAAGUUCUGACAACGUCACAGUAAUGUUGGUGGAGAUAAAGAACCAAUCAUAGGAGUGAAAAUGAAUCAUCCAGCCAAUCAGAAAGCGAGAAACCAGUUGAAACCAUCUCCACGCAGGAGAAAACGAGAUAUGUCGCAGUAAAAAGGAGAAAAGUGAAUCCAAAACUGAGUCUAAAAAAACUCCUUUGCAUGCAGAGAUGAAUAUUUUGUACAGCUAUUAUAUUUGAAUAUAUUAUAGCUCUAAGCCUCUAAUUUCCAUGCACAUUGCAAAGCUUGUAAUUAAAAAAAAAUAUUUAAAAAAUGUUCAUACAUUUGUCCAUGUUAGCUUUCUCAUAUACCCCUUACAAUAUAUUUACAAGCUGAGAUCUAUUAGCAUCACUAUUGUGUUUAUACAGCAAAAAUAAACAUGUUCCAACCAGCAAAUAGGAAAACAGCGUUACUGUUUUACCGUUAAUUUUUGUUAUUCAUCCACUUUCCCAGCCAAAAACGACUUUCGAUGAAUGGUUCAUCAAACGAAAAUAAACAAAAUAAGAAGCACAUAUAGGCGACCUGCGGUACGAAUAACCAGUACGAUUUUAAGCUUCUGUCUGCAUUUUUUCGAUUUCUGCUUCUAGGUCUGCGCAUGCUCUCUCGAUUUCGUAGUUCUUGCUUACCAGGCCUAUCCAACU